GGCGGAAACCACGGAGAAGAAAGGGAGGCACGGACCCUUAGAAAGGAAUAGCUGCAGAGAAGACGGAUUCAGUGCAAUUUGACAGGAAACAACGUACAUACAAGCGAGCCCCGCCGACCUCCACACCCAAGCUCUUUAUUUUUAUUUAUUUGAUUUCUUGUCACCUCGUCAGGCUCUAACUGGGAGCCUCAUCCCCCGCCCUUCCAGAGACCUUGCCCAGGGGAGCUGCCCGGCGGCCAUGAGAAGAAAUCCUUCUCCCGCUGUGUGCUUGGGAUAACCCUGCACGGUGGAAUGAACCGUCCUUGUUGAAUGACUCCACAUUUUUCAUGAAACUUCAUCUGGAGGAGAAUUAUUCUUACUUCUGAAGCCACUCGGUGGCACACUUUCCUACAAACCCAGUUUUCAUAAGUUGCUGAAGAACUCCUGAAGGUGUCCCUUUUUGUUUUGUAUAAGUGGGACAUUGUUCAUCAUGGUGCUGUCACAGAGGCAAAGAGAUGAACUAAAUCGAGCGAUAGCAGAUUACCUGCGUUCCAAUGGGUAUGAAGAGGCCUAUUCUGUUUUUAAGAAGGAGGCAGAACUUGAUAUGAAUGAAGAGUUAGACAAGAAGUAUGCUGGACUCUUGGAGAAGAAGUGGACAUCUGUCAUCAGAUUACAGAAAAAGGUUAUGGAACUAGAAUCCAAAUUAAAUGAAGCAAAAGAAGAGUUUACAUCUGGAGGACCAAUAGGCCAAAAGCGAGACCCCAAAGAAUGGAUACCUCGCCCACCUGAAAAAUAUGCACUCAGUGGUCAUCGGAGUCCCGUCACUCGUGUCAUUUUUCAUCCAGUGUUUAGUGUUAUGGUCACAGCAUCAGAAGAUGCAACAAUUAAGGUGUGGGACUAUGAGACUGGAGAUUUUGAACGCACACUCAAGGGGCACACAGACUCUGUGCAGGAUAUAUCUUUUGACCAUUCUGGAAAGCUACUGGCCUCUUGUUCUGCAGAUAUGACUAUUAAGCUAUGGGAUUUCCAAGGUUUUGAGUGUAUCAGGACCAUGCAUGGUCAUGAUCAUAAUGUUUCCUCAGUAGCCAUUAUGCCCAAUGGAGAUCAUAUAGUGUCUGCCUCAAGGGAUAAAACCAUUAAGAUGUGGGAGGUUCAGACUGGGUAUUGUGUAAAGACUUUCACAGGACACAGAGAGUGGGUUCGCAUGGUGAGGCCAAACCAGGAUGGCACACUAAUUGCCAGCUGUUCUAAUGACCAAACUGUUCGUGUUUGGGUUGUAGCUACAAAGGAAUGCAAAGCAGAACUUAGAGAGCAUGAACAUGUGGUAGAAUGCAUUUCUUGGGCACCAGAAAGCUCAUAUUCUACCAUAUCAGAUGCCACAGGAUCUGAGACUAAAAAAAGUGGUAAACCCGGCCCAUUUCUCCUGUCUGGUUCCAGAGAUAAAACUAUAAAGAUGUGGGACAUUAGCAUUGGCAUGUGCCUAAUGACACUUGUUGGCCAUGACAAUUGGGUGCGUGGAGUUCAAUUCCAUCCAGGAGGAAAGUUUAUUCUUAGUUGUGCUGAUGAUAAAACUAUACGCAUUUGGGACUACAAGAACAAACGCUGCAUGAAAACCCUUAAUGCGCAUGAACAUUUUGUUACCUCUUUGGAUUUCCACAAGACUGCGCCGUAUGUGGUCACUGGAAGCGUAGAUCAAACAGUAAAAGUGUGGGAGUGCCGUUGAUUUGAAUUCACCUUGGAACCUGUCGCCUUUCCCCUUUCCUCUGGAUGCACUCAGAUACCAUGGUUACCCAUUGAGCUCUGUUAAAUACCUAUUGUCCUUUCAUGUAAAUUAUUCUGGAUGUAGAUUGAGCUUAUUAAAUGUUACACAAAAAGUAUUCAUGCAUGGUGAAUCCAAAUUGUAUACUGUAAAUUUACAUACGUUGUCUAGAAGUACCAUAGGUUUAAGAACAUGGGCUGGCAUUGGUCACAUCAGACCUAAGAGGCAAGAACUGUGUAUUUCUGGGGUGUCAGAGUAGCUGACAAUGUUAAUCGCUCUACCUUACAGGAUCGUGCCUGUCCUUACUCUGUCUUCAGCUGUGGUUUCCUGGAUCAGUGGGCACGUUCAGAAGCACAUAUAUUUGUAAAGCAAUGUUUAUUUGUCCCACUAUUUUUGUGAGCUUUACCAACUCACUAUUGUAUUGGAAUGUCUGCAAUAUCACAUUUUGUGAUGUAGCAGCCAAAACCAUAUACUAAUAUUUUCCGUAAGUAUGGGUUAACACUUGGCACAGCACCGAGUGAUUUGUUUUGGCUUGUUAAAAUUGAGCCAGUUUUCUACAUAUGUGGCUGGUGUUCAGUCUGAUUAGUAUCUAAUGAUCCUCACCUAGGGUGCUUUCACAGGGAAUUACUCACUUGAUGGCCUUAAGGAGUUGAUUGUUGGAUGUUAACCAAAGACUUGUCAUCAGAUAUAAAAGACACGUUAUGCAACAGAUUUGUUUGAAGAUCCUUAGUUACUUUCUGAUUGUGUUUUCUCUGAAAUGGCUUUAUAUUUUGGUAACCCUGUCCAAUUUCUUCCUUUCAUUCAACAAAAGACCCUUUGUAUGCCUCAUGGUUCAUUGCUGACCUGCCUUUCCCCCCUCAGUUCUUAGUGGGUUUUGCCAGUGCUACACGGUCCAACUGGAUCUUGGCUAAUCUGCUUUAUGGUAACAGGUGUCCUGAAGAUCUCUCCAUUAUUUCAGCCAAGGUAAAGCACUAUAUAUAGGAAUUGUGUAUCUUGGAGCCCCUUUAUACCUUUGCUGUCCUGGAGCACUGCCACUAUCAUCUCAUGCUGGCUAAGCCUAAUCCUCCCACUGGCAAGAGUAAUGUUUUUUUCUAGAUCCUCCAACUCUACUGGUUAAUCCUAGUGCUAAUUCUGUGUUUGUUUUUUUCCUCUCAAAGAAGCCAUUCCCCAAAGCCCUACUUAAACAUCUAAAAGUAAGAAGUGCCCAUGCCUCACUUUCUGCCGUGCUAAUUAUAGUUAUCUCCAAAUGGAGAUCUUUGAUACAGAACCAUUUUUCAUGAAAAAAACACUAUUUCCCAAAUUUUAUAGAAAAAUCUUUGCAUACCCGAAGUAUACAUUUACGUGGGAGUCCUCUACAAAUGGAUUGAUGGGUUUUUGAGAAAUGUAAGAAGCUGUACUUUGUGCCAGUUUCUCCUGAUGGCUACCAUACAUCAGUCUAAAGAGGGAGUGGUGCUUUAUCAUCCUGUCAAUAGCAACCAAAACUGCAAGAGAUAAUCACACUUUCUGGGCUGCUGCAGUGGUUCUGGCACCCAAACUUGAGCUUUGUGUCAUUAAAGCAUAUGGAUUUGAAAGGGGAACUAGAGAUAAAGCUUUGUUUGCAGAAAAGUCAGUUUUAACAUACUUUGCAAUCUAAUUUUGAAAGUUAAACUACUGCUUAGCCUGGAGUUUAACCCUUACAGCACUUUUGCAUGCCAGCAGGCUUACCUGUGUCACAUCAGGCUCAGCGGCCAGCUCUUCUUACUCUUCUGCUUCUGUGGUUUGUUGGCUGGCAAGUUAGGUUCUGCCCCUCCGGCUUCUCUUCCUCGUGAGUGCCAAGCACUGCUUUACUUUCCUAUCUUUGUGCCAACGCAAGGAGAGAAACAGCACUUACAAUGUUCUGGAAGAGGAGGUAGUGAAGUGUUAAUCCAAAUAACAGAUAACAAAAUUAUAUCACAAACCUUGAAUUAAAAUAGUAAAGACUUUUUUGGGCUAUUUUUUUUUUUUUUUAACGCCUUAGCUUAAGUUCUUAUUACCUACAUUGUAGUAAAGCUCCCUGUGCCAUCCACAGAUUAUCUGCAUCCUCUGGUGGCAUGUUAAGACUUCAGUGUGUUUUAUGAUCGCAACAUGUCUUUCUGCAGGCGUCAUUUAAAUCAAGAGAUGCUGAUUUGCUCACAGGUUUUAAUCUUUUUGCAGCGCAACAAUAUAAAUUGUUGAUUUAUACGAGCAGGGCAUGUGACAAAACCAAAACCUGUUUACUUUGUGCUGUUUUUGUUUCUCUUCUGACAGGUGUAUGUGCUUCUGUAUUGUCUUUGCUUUGUGUGCAAAUAAAUGCUGCUGUUCUCAAGCGCAGGACCAAUAAUGCAGAGAGAAUAAACUUUGCACACUUAUGUACUGCAGUGCUGUCUGUUAUAUCCGUAGCUCUCCAGUUUCUAGGGGUUAUUAGGCUGCUAUACCAACAAAUGCCAACAUUAAAUCUGGGUCCCUUGAAAAAAACAAAACAAAACACUUUCUUUCAUUCCCUUAAGUGGAAUGAUGCUUUUAAUCAUCGUCAUAUUGACUCUCGCAAGGGUCUGAGCUAUACUCAUGCUAGGGAUGUUAUGGGUGUUAACUAUCAGCUGAUCCAAAGCUGCUACAGGGUACCCCCCCCCCAAACUGUUUUUGAUUGGCAAAUAAAAAAAUAAAGAUUAGAUCACGCAAAUGUCAAGUUUUAGAGAGGCCUGCCAUUGUAUUUAGACAAGUAGAACAAACAUGUGGUUAACUUUUUAACACUACAGUCAUUUUUCUCUUCAUAAAUUAUGGGACUAACCAUUUUGUUACUAGUGUAAUAGUUCUGGAGCUGGUCUGGCUAAGUUAAAAAAAAAAAAUAGCACAUUCAUUGGAUAAUGGAAGGUCAAUAAAGCAACUCAGUAUCUUGCAAUACGCUUAUUUGCCAUUCAGCCAUAGGUAAUACUAGUAGGUAACUGACAUGAACACAAAUUCACUCUUUGAAGGCCAGUAAUGUUUUUGAUUAGUUACAUUUGUAUUUAAAUACUUUCUAGUCUAAACAUCACUGCAAUUCCCAAUAGGAGAGUUUUAUGUCUUUCACAGGGAGGGAUCCCUUUUCACUUUGCCUUUUUGAAUGCUUCUCACUAUACUGACACCCAGAUUUCAUUUUAAAUUCCACUAUGAAGAAAUGAAUGAUAUUAAGGCCACUGGUACACAAAAAGUGUUAAUAAAUGCAAUGAACACAUUGGCGAUUUGAUUCCCAAUUCUAACCCUUGCUACUCACUGCAUAUUUCCCCAAUACAUGGUUCACACCUGGAUAGCUCCACUGCACAUCACCAAGCCCUUGGGUACAAGGCACUAACUAGGCACUAGCCAUUUAAGCAUUACUUUCCUUUCAUUUGCUUUAUCACCUUUUAUAUUGCUAGUAGUUUCCUGGGGCUGCCAGAGCUGGUUUGUCAGUCUGUGUGCCUUUUCAUUUCUUCAUAAGAUCCUUUGACAGAAUAUCGGCACUCGUGUGUAUAAAUAUUUGCUGCCAGUGCCUUCAUAUGAAGGCUUUCGCUCAGAAAAGGGGUGUGAAAAAAGCUUCUAUUUAGUCUUUAGUUUUGUCUAAUAACUUGUGACCCAAGGGAAUUUGAUCAGAACAAACAAAAUCAAGACAGAACUAAGUAAGGCAAUAGAUAAAAUAAAAAUCUGAACUCUGGGAAAUUGACACUUUGCAUAGAAAAGGCUCAGUAGUUAUGCCAAGUGAUGGAACGAGUUGGCUGUCUUUGCCUCGUAUUAAAAUUUAAAGAAGGUCUCUGCUACGUCAGGCUCGAGUUUGGUGUUUCAAUUCCUAGUAGAUAAAUAUUUUGCUUUAUGCUGCCUGUGACUGAUAGGUCCAUGGUACAUUCUAGGAGUGAUUCUAGGAGUGCAAAUUUAUAGCAGUAACAAGAAUUAUCCAAAGGGGAAAACAAAAAAAAAAA